AUGAGGUCUCCUUUACCUUGUGGCCACAGUUGCAAUUUCGAGGCGGAUAACAGAAACCCUACAACAGUGAUGAUAACAACUAGCCAAGUGCUGACGGUGCUGUCCUUGGCUUUGCUGAUUGCCGGUGGACUGGCCGAAGUUAACAUCUGCUCCAAUGUGGUCGACAACCUGUUCCUGCCGGCUAUUGGCAACUGCAGUAACUACUACCUAUGCGUGGCUGGCAAGGCUGUGCCUCGCUCCUGCAGCGACAAUUACUACUUCGAUGCCCGCGAUCAGCAGUGUGUGGACGUUUCCGAGGUGCGCUGCCUGCCCAACUGCCCCGCGCAGGGUGUAAGCUCCUUCUGCUACGAUCGCACCUGCACCAAGUACGUGCUCUGCUUCAGCGGCGAGCCGGUGCUGCGCGAGUGCGCCGAUGGCCUGCAAUACAAUGCGGAGACGGAUCGCUGCGAUUUCCCCCAAUAUGUGGACUGUGUGGAUAAUCUUUGCGUGCGCCAGAACAAUCCCGACAGCAUUGUCUACAUUGCCAGCAAAUCGCAGUGCGACAAGUACUACAUAUGCGUGGACGGUCUUCCAGCUAAUCAAAGCUGUGCCAGUGGCCUGCAAUUUAAUCCCGCAUGCAAUUGUUGCGAUUUUCCCUCCCGCGCCAAUUGCACGGUCGAGUCUCUACAGCGCAAUAUUCAGCCAUUUGCACGAGCUCCGCCACGCGUGGCCGACAUCACUUGCCCGGCUGAGGGUGCCCACUUCUUUGCCCACAAGACACGCAAGGAGGCCUAUUACUACUGUCUGAAUGGUCGUGGUGUCACCCUGGACUGCACCCCUGGUCUGGUCUACGAUGCCAAGCUAGAGGAAUGCCGCGAGCCGCAAUUUGUGAAAGCCUGA